AUGUACGCUGCCGACGCCAACGGGCACAGAAUAUAUACCCUCAAAAAAGUCACCUCGGAUGGCAAGAUUACAAAGUCGGCACACCCAGCCAGGUUCUCCCCAGAUGACAAGUACUCGAGGCAACGUGUGACACUCAAGAAGCGAUUCGGCUUGCUCUUGACACAGCAGGCGGAAGGAGGCAAGGCUUGGUAG